GGAAUAAUAGUUGGAAGAUUCUUAAUUAAAAAAGAACUUGUGUUACUACAGGUACCAAGAUCAUUAAAUAAACACGCCUUUCUAGGUUAUUUAAUUGCACGUUUCACACACUUAGUUUAUUAUGAUGAUUUUAUUUGUCCUUCUAUACUAUUACUUUUAUAACCCUCAUCUGAAUAUCAACUGGGACGGGAAGCCCAACUCCACAGGACUUUGAAGCAUUCCCACAAGCAGGCUAAUUCCAGGAAAGCCACACUAAUUCCCAUUCGCACCAAAAUCUUCUUCCAGUUUCCUUAUAACGUCCAGAUGGGAAGUUUUCCACACGGAAUUUCCCUGUUUGGAGAAAGCAUUUAAGUCCCCCGACGUUCUCAACUGCGCCAGUUGCUCGACGCGCAGGGCACACUGACGGAUGCGGAUGCGCACGUCCCCGCAAUGCCGGUGCCUGACCAGCCAGCCGAGCAGGAGAAGGGGGCCAUGGUUCCUCCUGUGAUGCCUGGCUCCAAUGGAGAUAGAUCUGAAGCGGAGACAACUUCCUCCAUCCUCGCCUCUGUAAAAGAACAGGAGCUUCAGUUUGAACGUCUCACAAGAGAACUUGAAGCUGAGCGUCAGAUUGUUGCCACCCAGCUGGAGAGAUGCAAGCUGGGAUCAGAAGCAGGAAGCAUGAGCAGCAUCAGUUCAACAGAUGACCAAUUUCGCUGGAACUCUCAAGCAGAUGGACAGAAGGAUAUCGAGGAUGAGCUGACCACAGGUUUGGAGCUGGUGGACUCCUGCAUUCGUUCCCUUCAGGAAUCAGGAAUACUCGACAGCGGAGAACGACCGGCUCUCCUUUCCCAGAGUUCCUUGCAGCUCAACUCCACCCCGGAGGCUUCGCUUCAGUACUCUGCCAGCUACCAUAGCAACCAGACCCUCGCCCUUAGCGACAGCAUCUCUGCAGCAACUCAUCAGCGCAGCGGGCAGGUUGGAGGAGCCGUGCACAGCUACAAUCAGGUGACGUCCAAUCGUGCAGCCCAGCAGCAACCAUCACAAACUGGGGCAGGGUCAGGUAUCUACUACUCCAGCUCCACCUUACCCUCCCAGCGGGUCAGUUCCCCUCUAACUGGAAGAGGAGGCUCUGGAUCUAGUUCCCCCAGUAAACUCCAGCGUCUGGGAUCAGCCUCGGACGCACCGGGGCACUCCACAACGCAGCGUCUGCCGUCCUCCUCGUCAUCCUCCCCCAGCAAACAGUCCUCUGUAAAUCGACUUGCUAAGUCUUUCAGCACUACAGUUGCUGUGACAACAGCUGGAGGGGGUGGGUCCCCCUUAAGGGUAGCAUCUCCACCAAACUCAUCAGCAACAGGAGGGGGGGGCAGUGCAUCUUCGUCCCCACUCCAUCAGAUGAGUUCAGGCAUAGGGAGCUAUGCUACUCUGUCUCCCAAACGUCUGGCAGCUCACCACGCGUCUGACCAGUACAAGAUCUCCCACGAGCUCUACGCUACUGCCACACUGCAGAGACCCGGAAGUCUGGCAGGUUCACGUGGUUCCUAUAGUAGUCAGCAUAGUCAAGAGCCCCUUCGUCCCUUGGGGUCCCCAGAGCACCACAUAGAUCCCAUUUAUGAGGAACGGGUGUACCACAACAAGGGCACCAUGAGGAGCCUCAGUCAGAGCCAGGGACCUGACUCUGGGCCUUUUAGGAACAACACAGCACCCUCCUCCCCUGGUGUUGACUCCGCCCCUUUGCAGCGCACAGGAAGUCACGGCACAGGGACAGGAAGCUACAGCCGUGGAGGGACCAACAACUAUGCCACCGUGGGGCCGGGCUACACCUCCAGUGGAAGUGGCGGAAGUGGAGAUGUGUAUGGCUCGGACCCUUAUGUGGCAGACCCCUACCGCACCCUGCAGUACUGCCCAUCGGUGGUGGAGUCUCCGUACAGCAAGUCCGGUCCAGCCCUGCCGCCUGAAGGCAGCCUUCAGCGUUCACCCUCCAUUGACUCGAUUCAAAAAGACCCCAGAGAGUUUGGGUGGAGAGAUCCAGAGCUACCAGAGGUGAUCCAGAUGUUGCAGCACCAGUUCCCAUCGGUGCAGUCCAAUGCAGCAGCCUACCUACAGCAUCUCUGCUUUGGAGACAACAAGAUCAAAGCCGAGAUUCGUAGACAAGGAGGCAUCCAGCUGCUGGUGGAUCUUCUGGACCACAGGAUGACCGAGGUCCAUCGCAGUGCCUGUGGGGCUUUGAGGAAUUUGGUGUAUGGCAAAGCCAAUGAUGAGAACAAAGUGACCCUGAAGAACUGCGGGGGGAUUCCUGCUUUGGUUCGUCUGCUAAGAAAGACAGGAGAUGUUGAGAUAAAGGAGCUGGUCACAGGUGUACUUUGGAAUCUCUCGUCCUGUGAUGCACUGAAGAUGCCAAUCAUCCAGGACGCACUGGCCGUUUUGACCAAUAGCGUCAUCAUACCGCACUCCAACUGGGACUCCUCCCCCAAUCACCACGAUGACCGCAAGCUCCACCUUCAUACCUCCCAGGUGCUGCGCAACGCUACCGGCUGUCUCAGGAAUGUAAGCUCAGCAGGUGAGGAGGCAAGACGAAGAAUGAGGGAGUGUGACGGCCUGACGGAUGCUCUGCUCUUCGUUAUCCAGACCUCUCUAGGCAGCAGUGAGAUCGACAGCAAGACUGUGGAGAACUGCGUCUGCAUUCUAAGAAAUCUGUCAUAUCGUCUGGCUGCCGAGACGUCCCACGGCCAGCAGGGAGGUUUGGAGGAGCUGGAUGGCCUGCUUUGUGACGCCAAUGGCCACGAGGGAGAAAGCUCUGGCUGCUGGGGCAAGAAGAAGAAGAAAAAGAAGGGAGUUGACCAGUGGGAUGGUGUGGGGCCCUUUCCAGAUACACCUGAGCCCCCCAAAGGGGUUCAAAUGUUGUGGCACCCCACUAUUGUCAAGCCCUACCUCACCCUGCUUUCUGAGUGCUCGAAUCCCGACACCCUAGAGGGCGCGGCCGGGGCUCUGCAGAACCUGGCUGCAGGCAGCUGGAAGUGGUCAGUAUACAUCCGAGCUGCCGUCCGCAAGGAGAAAGGCCUCCCCAUCCUGGUUGAGCUGCUGAGGAUAGACAAUGACAAAGUGGUGUGUGCUGUCGCCACGGCUCUCAGAAACAUGGCUCUGGACAUCAGGAACAAGGAGCUUAUUGGUAAAUAUGCCAUGAGGGAUUUAAUCCAUCGACUACCAGGUGGUAGCAGCAGCACCAAUAAUAAUGCCACCAGCAUAGGAACCUCUGGGACCACUGGCUCUGUCUGCAAGACCAUGUCAGACGACACAGUAACUGCCAUCUGCUGCGCACUGCAUGAAGUCAUCACCAAGAAUAUGGAAAAUGCAAAAGGCCUACGAGACGCCGGUGGCAUUGAAAAGCUCAUCGGGAUCGCCCGCAGCAAAGGAGACAAACACUCGGCGAAGGUGGUAAAAGCAGCCUCUCAAGUCCUCAGCAGCAUGUGGCAGUACAGAGACCUGCGCUCGCUCUACAAAAAGGACGGUUACUCCCAGCAUCACUUUGUGGGCUCCGCUUCAACAAUAGAGAGAGACAGACAGAGGCCCUACUCCUCUUCAAGAACUCCUUCCGUUUCUCCCGUCAGGACCUCCCCAAACAAUCGCUCUGCAAGCGCUCCAGCCUCCCCCAGAGAGAUGAUGAGUCUGAAGGAACGCAAGAUGGACUAUGAUUCCACGGCAACCAACGCUGGUUUCCAUGGCAACAAAGGAGAGCAUGCAUCCCGGAAAGACGGCAUGGCAGUUCAAGUAUCUUGCGGAACAUCUACAUUGUUCCGCAACUCUUACUUGACCACCAGCGAUGAUAUCAAGCAAAACCAGAUUCCGGCCCAGCCCUGCAUCGUGCCCCCUCAGCCCCAGCAGGACAGCCCGUCAGCAGCUGUGCUAAAAGACUACGACUCCUACCCUCCCCCUCCUUCCUUCCCCCAGCCUCAACCGCCACAGCCUCCACCUCACAGCCAGAGCCGGAGCUUCGACGAGGCCUACUACGAGGACCAGGGCCCAUCGCCUCCACCGUCCCAGCCACCAGUCCCGCCUCAAGCCCAGCCUCAGGCCCAGCCCCAGCAGCCUCCCAACUCCACUGGGCCACCCCGGGACCCGCGGGAAGAUCUGCGGAUGCAUCUGGGCCUCAAGUCCACCGGCAACUAUGUAGACUUCUACUCGGCCUCUCGGCCGUACAGCGAACUGAACUACGAGACCAGCCACUACCCAGCCUCACCUGAUUCCUGGGUCUAGUGCGAGAUGGGCGUUGGGGCCAAGUGGAUGACUGCAAUUUUUUGUGUGAAAGGGAUUAUUUUUGCAGGAGCUUAAGUGGCUACAUAUGGCAACUUGGAAAAAAAAGAGACAUCGAUGCCAAAUCUUUUGGCGGGAAAUUUGUGUUUGUUUUUUGCCAACAAUCAAGACAGAGCCAGAUGGGGUUAAAAAUGAUGUCAGAUGGUAUGAUAAAGAGAGACCGUGCAUGUGCAUGCAGACAUUUUUCUUUAUUUCAGAACACUUUUUUUUUUUCCUUUCAAGUUGGCUCCAUUCCAUCCCUUAGUGGAGCUAGUAGAAGCUGAUACGAAGGAGUGUCCAAGACGGGGUGCUCUAUGAAUAAGAAUGAAAAUAUAAAAAGAAUGAGAGUGUAUGCAAAUGCACCGGGGAAAAGAAAAAAGAUAAGAUGAAGAAAUAAAGGGGAGCUGGAGAGGCUCUCACCCUGUAGGAGCUGGAAUUGGCCUGACCUUCUCUUGUCAACAGAGAAAAGGAGAUGCUACUGAACAAGAUGAUAUGAGGUUCUUGAGAAGUUCAGAAAGAAUAAAAGCACAAUGAAAGAUGAAAGCACACCAGGCACAAGGUGAGAAGUGGAUGUUUACCAUUUCACCAAAGCGACAAACGUAGCACUGGUUUCUAUCCGACAUGUUUUUGUUGCCACGGUCUUGGCUUCAAGGUGUGUUGUCAGUGAAUGUUUAAAUUUAAGAUACUUUUUUUGGUCGUCAUUCAUUAACAUUUUUUAUUUGUAUUUUUCUACAUUUUCACUUAACAAAAGCUUUUUUUAUUAGUUUCUGUGUAGAUAAAAGGUGAAACAGUGUCUAUAUUAUAAUCCUUUCAUUUUUUAAUGACGGAAUCUAUAAAAGAAUCAAAACUAAAGGAAAUGUGAACAUGAGCCUUAGAUGAAACAAACAUCGUAAGGCUGGAUGCUUUUUUUCACUUUUCAGCUUGACGGGAAACCCUGCAGUAUUUGAUUUUUUUUUUUUGUUUGUUUUUCCAUCAGGUGAAUUUCAAAGUGGACAUUAUUAGAUGAAAAGCUAUUGGCAGGACAGCAUUGUAUCUGAAUACCGGUGCUUUUUCACUGCCUGAAGAGUCUUUUCUUGAAGCGCACUGUCUUUGGAAACGGUCACCUGAUUGACUUUCGUAGGUUGGUUAUGUUUGACAGUGUCCACAUCCAGUGGUUUGUCAUCAUUUUUUUCAGUCCAAAGGCUGGUCUGUCAUGCCAUGAAUAUUGUACAUGUCAUUGUACAGUAGAGAUAAAGAAAAGAGUGAGGUGACAUUGUGCCAAACUUCGAAACAUCAAGCACCAGUCCUACAGGACACUUUUAGAACGUUCUGUCGAAGUUUACAGACUAUGACUCCUUCUGCUGUAACUUUUAUUUUCUUGUGUGUUAAUCAGGUGAAGCCGUACAAAUUAUUGCCGGGGGGGUCAUGGGUAACUUCUUGCCCCAUACAUGUACAGACCUGCCUCCAUGUGUUGGCCGAGCAUGUGUGAACGCGUGCGUGUGGACACUUGUGUGUUUGUGUGUAGGUGCAUGUGUGUGGGAGAGUGCGUAAGUGUGCACAUAUAAACCAGAGCGAGUGUAUCUAUGCAUGCAUGUGUGUAAUUGUGUGCGUGUGCUUCCGUGCGUGUGCGUGCGUGAGCAUUCCUGUGUAAACCAAUGUCCAAACAAGGCAUUCCUACUGACAGUUUGUCUGAUUUUACAACAUAAAAAAGGUAAAAAUCACUAGAAUGAAAUGUUGAUAUAGAAUGGCAAAGCUAUAAAUACAUGAAUAUAGAUAUAAAUAUAAUUAUACAUAUGUAUAUAUAUAUAAUUUUUAUGUGCUGAUGUCAAUGUCACUAAAUGCAACAAAAAUGUUCACAGAGAAAAAAAAACGUGCUGUACAACAACAGGACUCAGUUGAUUCGAGCAUCGAUGCUGUUGAUCAGAACCCCCUGCCGACCCCCCAACCACUGUCCAAACAAAACAGAAAUCCCCUCCCCGAAAGUGCUCAGGCUCUGGUGCGAGUUGUGCGUUAUUGUGUGUCCAUGCUUCUUAGAUGAGCCCGCUGAGAGAGGAGCGUACUUGAACACAAGAAAAAAUAAAGACAAAAAUAAAAGACUCUUUGCAAUCAAA